CGCCGCCGGGCUGCCCGGGCACUCGCGCCUCUCCCGCCAUCCUGAGCUCGGGCCGACGGGGCGGAGGAUGGCCCCUGCGCCAGGCUGGUGGCGGGCGCUGCUGGAGGCAUGGACUCGGCAGCGGCUGGCAGGAACUCCUCCGGCCCCGCUGGCCCCAACGGCACGGUGAGCGGCGGCGGGGGCGGCGGCGGAGGCGGCGGGGGCGGCGAGUCUCCGGGCAGCGGCAGCGCCAUCCUCAUCUCCUUCAUCUACUCCGUGGUGUGCCUGGUGGGUCUGUGCGGUAACUCCAUGGUCAUCUACGUGAUCCUGCGCUACGCGAAGAUGAAGACCGCCACCAACAUCUACAUCCUCAACCUGGCCAUUGCGGACGAGCUGCUGAUGCUGAGCGUGCCUUUCCUGGUUACCUCCACGCUGCUCCACCACUGGCCCUUCGGGUCGCUGCUCUGCCGCCUGGUGCUCAGCGUGGACGCGGUCAACAUGUUCACCAGCAUCUAUUGCCUGACCGUGCUCAGCGUGGACCGCUACAUCGCGGUGGUGCACCCCAUCAAGGCGUCGCGCUACCGCCGGCCCACGGUGGCCAAGAUGGUUAACUUGGCCGUCUGGGGGCUGGCCCUCGUCAUCAUUCUGCCCAUCCUCAUCUUCUCCCGGACCGAGGCCAACACGGACGGCACGGUGGCCUGCAACAUGAUGAUGCCCGAACCUAAGCAGAAGUGGCUGGUGGUCUUCGUGGUCUACACUUUCCUCAUGGGCUUCCUCUUCCCCGUGGUGGCCAUCAGCCUCUGCUACAUCCUCAUCAUUGCCAAGAUGCGCGUGGUGGCGCUCAAGGCCGGCUGGCAACAGCGCAAGCGCUCCGAGCGGAAGAUCACGCUCAUGGUCCUCAUGGUGGUCACCGUCUUCGUCAUCUGCUGGAUGCCUUUCUACGUCGUGCAGUUGGUCAACCUCUUCGUCGAGCCCGACGACGCCACCAUCAGCCAACUUUCCGUCAUCCUGGGCUACGCCAACAGUUGCGCCAACCCCAUCCUCUACGGCUUCCUCUCGGACAACUUCAAGCGCUCCUUCCAGAGGCUCCUGUGCCUUAGCUGGAUGGACAACGCCGCCGAGGAGCCGGUCGACUACUACGCCACCGCCCUCAAGAGCAGGGCCUACAGCGUGGAGGACUUUCCCGCCGACAACUUCGGAGAGUCGGGCAGCGUGUACCGCAACGGGACUUGCACCUCCAGGAUUACAACCCUCUGAGGGCAGCUUUCUGACUCUCCCGGGCCGGGCCGAGCGGAGUGGACGGUGGGCGGGAGGAGAUCGGGCCAAGAGAAAGAGGGGGAGGGGGAACGAGGGGGCAAGGAGAGGCGGAGAGAGCGGCCCGAGGGACAGACGGCUCCCCCGCUGGCCAUCUUCAACUUUUAAGCUGGCCCACUCGGCUGGACGCUCCUUCUCCCUCUUCCUUGUCAAAGGAUGAGAUCUUGGGAAGCCUGGCCGGUUCUCCAACCCUCUCCGCUUCCCUACCCUCCGGAGCCUUGAGUCUCUCUAGCGUUUUCUUUGAGGUCCGGGGCCCGCGAGUGUGGUUUUCUUCACCGGCGAGGGUGUCUGGGCUUGGCAUCAAGUUGAGGACCACUGGAUCGGCCGCGAUAUCCAAGUUCCGCGUGAAAGAUUGCUGAGCGCUGCUGGAGGGUUUUUGCUCCUGGCUUCCGGAAAAGAAACCAAACCAAAUCAGGACCUAGGUUGCCUUUAUCUGUUUUUCAGCAGCAUAAAGAGAUGCCGGGGAUGAGCUCAAAACACCCCCCCCCCUAAAGCUGUGGGUAUUCCUGAUGGUAGCGGUGUGUAAGUGUGUUGUUUCAGAAGUUGAGACUGGGACUCACUCUCGAUAAGCUCAUAUGGUGUACUCAGUGGUUCGCCUGAGCCAACCAGCAGUAUUGAAAACAUACAAGCUUAGCUUUACAACGAGCCUUGUUUCUAAAUCAUUCCACAGUUCAUCUUUGGGAGGGGGGGGAGAGAAUAAUUCCAGAUUCGCCAGAAGGUUGGCAAAAAUCCUUCUCACCCUUUCCAAGAACUUCCCCAGCAGGAAGCAAAUGAUCCUGAGGCAGUACAAAAUCUUAGCUCUGCUUGGCAGCCCCAGGAGAAAGCUAACUAUUCCAUCAGCUUAAUAGAAACGAAUAAUCUUAUCUUUUCCCUCUGGGUCCCUGCUGCGGGACCAAUUUCUGUUCGCUGGCUUUGAGCAAGCCUGGGGGAAAUGGCGAUCCAUCUGGAAAGGGAAAGGAAACCAGUCCAGUAGAAAGCAAGCAGGGUUUUGUUAUCUCAAAGCAGCAGCUGGCUGUUGAUAAGGAAGAAAGCCCCAGCCAGCCACUCUUUCCCAGAUGAUUGUCAAGAUCUGAGUCCUGAACUCCCAGCAGUGUUUGGUUUGGCGUUUUGAAUCAAGGGGAGGGGAGAACAGCAAAGUUACAGUCCUGGGCUGGUAUUUGUUACAAACUACAAACAGAGAGAAAUAAGGAGGAAAGAGCAGUUUGUGAAUGGGAGGCUAAGGGUUGGUUGUUUUUUUUAAAAAAGCCUUCUUUGAGACAUCAAGAUUUCUUCGGCUGCAGUUCUCAAAGUACUCACCAAUGGUUACCUCAGAAAAAAUAUAUCUGGCUUUAGAGGAAUAAUUAUUAAAUGGCUUGAAAAGUUCAAUCAAAAGUACCCUUCUAACUGUUCAAAAGGAGUUCAAACUAAAAGAAACAAUGUAGCCAAAUUCAAGAUUAUUUAUUGAUUUACUUAUUUACACAACUUUGACACUUCAGUAAUAUGUUUUGCUAGAUCUGGCCCAACAUCAUUUAAACCAGCACUUAUCUCCUAAGUUUCAAAAUCAACCAAGGAAAAGUCAUAGGAGAUGCAAAGCAUUGAUUUAAUAUAUGUUAUGCUCUUUUAAUUGGACCUCAAAUUCAAUAAACCAGGAGGUCUGCAACCUUUGUUCUCUUCUAGAAAGCAUAAAUCCUAUGGGAGACCUCUAGGGCUUCCCAUUGUAAUCAUAAUAUAUAGCACUGACAAUGGAGUUCUAGACCUGGUUUGCUUUGAGUCAUAUUCUUUGUUAGGGUUUUUAUUUAUUAUUUGACUGUAAUAAAUAUUCAAUUUGAUUCAAGUCAUAUUCAGUCCCUUUAGAAUUAGGAUGCAUAUUUCCCAUAACUGAUGGAGACUAAAAAAAAAAGAGUUCAAGAACAAUGAAACGGCUAAAUGAUUAGUUUAGUACAAAUGGACUCAUCUGACCAAAUAUUUUCUCUAUCAAACAGCCAGGCACAGAUCCUACAAAAGAAAUAAAUAAAAACAAGGUGCUGGAGUGGGGCUUGGGGAAGAUCCAGAUGAUCCUCUUUUUCCCACUUCUACCCAGAUGAAAUGUAUUCUUCAUUUAAUUUAUAAUACGCUUGUUUAAAUUACUUUGCUGUGUGUUACAUUUCUUGGGAGCCAGUUUUCAAAUGUAAAAUAAAUAAUUUUUCUUUUUAUAUUUCUAAUUCUAUGUAGUUUCUAUGUUGUGGAGACAAUUCUCUAUAAAACAGUCCUUAAAAAUAGAUUUUGGGAAUAUACAAAUUCAUGAUGCUUAUAUCUGUUUAAAGCACUUUCUUUGGUCAGAGAAUGUCUGUAGUUUGGGAAGAAAGUUAUUUUGUUCUUGUAUUUUGUCUUCUGUCCUAUACUGUUAUUGUAUAUGUUUUGGGAAAGUGUUUUUAUAAAGAAUAAUGAUGGUUAAUAUACAACUCUUAAUAUCCUUUGCUUUAGAUUUAUCCUAAAUAGUUUGAUUAAAAAAAUUAAUCCCCAAAUAAAAAACAGAUGUGAAAUGGAAGUCCUAAUAUUCCAAAUCUUCUCCAUUUAUUUAACAGAAGGCCCAUUAAAAGGAUCUGAGAGAAGAAUUGAGAUAAAAAUAGAUACAUAUUUGCUUGAAAAUAUGCAUUCUUAAAGUACAGAACAUUUUGGAAUAAAUACAUUCAAACUACAAUCUUGAUUCCCUAAUACCUAUUAAAAAAUAAGAGUAUAUUUUCUUGUAUGAUGGUGUUAGUAAACAUUACAAGUUUAAAGCAAGAUGAGUUGAGAAAACAUAAUUUUAUACUCAACUUUACAAUCGAAUUUCCAUGAUAAAUUCUUAUCAAUUUUAUUCUGAUAAUUUACAGAGGUUUUGACAAUUUCUUGAACUUUAAUAAUACUUCAGUUUCUUCCAAUUUAAUUAAUUAUUUAAUGCCAGUAAUUAAUAUGGUACCUUUGAAUGGAAUGCAAUUAGGAAAAAAUCUUCAGUUCAUUCAGCUUGAAUUUUAAUAUUCUUAAUACUGCAAUACUUAUACUCAUUUUAUCAAGGAGAAUGUCCUAUUAAGCCCGUGAGGAAAAAUAUGUAUAACACUGCUAUAAAUUAGAUAUUAAAACAUGCAACCAAAUUGUAAUGUAAUUAAAAUCAAAUACAUUUGUACUUUGCCACAAUAUGUAUGUACAUUGUUCAAAGGUACUUAUUCAUAUCCAAACAAUGCAUUUUUUUCAGUGAAAUUUGAUUCUUUGCCUGAAUUGGGCUUCCAGUUCAAUCAGAAAAAGGGGGAAAUUAAGAAGUAAAACUAGAAGACAAAAGUAAGCCUAAGUGCAUUUUCAAAUAGGCUGAACACUAUUUGGACAACCUUUGUUACACUGUUAAACUUACUGAAAAAGUAAGUUUAAAAAGCUGGGGGAAAAACUUCUGAAAAUAAUUAUUCAUAAUCUGUGGAACUAAAGGAAAAAUUCAACCUUAUGUAUAUCUACUUAGAAGUAACUUUCACUGGUGGCCACAGAACUUAUUUCCCAUAAAGGAUGUACAGGAUUGUAGCCUCACAAAUGUCAAAAGAUUGAUCAUUACUAUUUAUUAUAAGAGUUACCAAAAUGCAAGAUUUUGAAUCACGCUUUUAGCCUGUAUUUUGGAGUAUUAACUUGAUAUGCAUUUUAAUUCAUUUACUAAUUGCAGCUUGCCUUUUUUUCAGGGCUCCUUUCCAUGUAAAUUCUAACCUGCCACUUGAAAUGAAAAGCAUCAAAUUGUUUAGGGCAGAAACACUACUGCACCAGUUUAUAAUAUUGUUUUACAAUAUUAGAACAGCAUUUCAACUUCAGAUCACUUAUUUCCUUAACAGAGGAUCUAUCCAGUACUCUUAUGUUGUGACCUUCCUCCAGCAAUGCUGUAAUUCAGUGUUAGCUUAAUAAAUAGAUGUCUUUAACACUUA